AUGUCGGCGCCCCGAAAAAUCACCCAGUUCUUCAAGCGUCCAGACUUCUCCGUCGCCAAUCAAGAUCCGCCACUGCAGACGCAGAUAGAGACUGUGGCCCCGCGCGGCACUCAAUCUUCCCCCCUCACCGAGCCGCCUUCCUCGUUCUUGUCCAACAAUGCCUCAUCCCCACAGACCCCAGAUGCCGCAGGGCCCCAGCUAAAAGCAUCCCUAAUGCGCUCAUUCAAUGAAGAGCUUGAAAGUCAGGCCUCUCAAGACCCCCAGCAAAGCUUCCAACAUGCGCAGAGCGCUACCCCGGAUCCACUAUCAAGCUUUAGCUCGUCGCAGCGUGUUGUCAGAAAUGGCAAGGAAGUGGUGAUUAGUUCGGAUGGCGAGGACACAGACUCCAUCGCGUCCUUGGAAGCGCCUGAAAUGCUCUUCAUGCAGUUUACGAAACCAGACAUCGCGAACGAAGCAGACGAGGCGGGAAAAAACGAUGCGACCUCUAGAACGUCGCUCCAUUCGCGAUCAUCCAAGAGCCGUGGCCCACCCCGGACUUAUAGGAACACGCUCGAAAGCCUCGUCGUGGAGGCAGUGGACGACAACGAAACCGAGGCCAAGAUUGCCAAGUUCAAAGCCUCUCUCCAGGACGAGAAGGCUCGAAAUAGCACUGGACCGAAUCCAGGCCAGAAGAGCCAGCUUAACGAAGGGAUAUUGACAUUAGCUUUUGGCAACGAAGAUGAUGAAGGCGGGCUGCAGCGUCUGCUGGAUGCUGUGCGCCGUACUGAAGCCUUCGAUCUCGAAAAGGCGUGGUUCUUUUUCGACUACGGGAGCAACAUAGCGCCUCCCCUCGACUUUCCACGGGACUGUGUCUACCCCGACACGUACAUGUCGGUCCUAAGAGAACCUGACUCGAGAGAACGAGCGUUCUAUUCGGGGAUUGUCGAUGUUGCCCUGUCGAAAGGAAAACUCCCAGAUGAAUUGAUCACAUGGAUAUUUAACACUGGUCCGUUCACACGCGCCUGGCAAUGGCAACACACUGACUCCCCCAUUGUAGUACCAUCCGAGCCACGGGAUAGUCUCAGGCACGCAUAUUGCAGAGCGCUAAAGGUUCGUCCCCUGGAUACCUUGGUAAUCCAUAUGCUUAUCCUGUUCUUAGAAAACCAGCCCAGACAGGUUCAGGUCCCUAAUACACCCAAGCCAUAUCGACAUUCUGUUCGAGCGUCUCGGGGCAACUCCCAAAGCAUUGGCUGUUCAUUUGCUAUUGACACUCGCGAGCAUAUCUUGAACCUUCUGUUCCGACUCGCGCUCGACAUUUCCUUGACUAGUAACGUUGCAAUAUGCUCCGGAAUAGAAAGAGCCAUCACCACGAUCCUCGACAGCGUUUCUCGUGAGAAUGACAUUGCUGCGGAUGUCAAACGUCGACUCUGCACGACAGCCUACGAUGCCAUCAAAGACCGCGUCUUCCAAAGCCGUAUAAUCAGACACAUCCUCCCAACAACGAGCUGGAUCGCAGGUCUCCGCGUUUCUCUCGCCCUCGCUUUCCUGACCGCGAGCUGGCGGCCAUCACAACCCUGCUGA